AUGGCCAUUUCGCUCCCCAACCGCUCUUUUAGCCCAAUGCGGCUCGAUGCUCCUUUAGACGAGAAAGGGCCUCACCAUAAGCAGAGCAUGUGGCACCGCUUAGGCUUUCGACGAUGGCUGGGCCGCGAAAGUCGCGACGCCUCGCCUGAGAGAACAACGAGAAGACAACCUCCUCCCCUGACUCCCCACAACGACCACUCAACCCUCGAUCGAAUUCCCGCCUCCGCCGACCAUUUCUCCCGCGCUAAGCAGGACAAUCUGACGCGCCGUAUCUCCCGGAAGGUCGGUGUUGGUCUGCCUCGAUCAAGUACAUUUAAACGCCAACAUAUAGAAGAACGCGAUCGCGAUCGCCUGGCUCCGUUGGAACCCGACCAUCGCCGUGCCCAGUCCGCCGACCGUCAUCCGUUAAGCGUCGAGAGAACCAGAUCCUGUUCUCCACUCCCAGCCGUGGGCCCACGACUAUCCGCACCAGAGGUUCAGUGGCUCGGCCCGGCACCCGCUUCCACGGUCGACCUUGCCUGCGACCUCAAUGAUGAGAGCGACCUGCCGGCAGACUGGGAGAAUCCCUCAUAUCAAGACGUGACAUUUCCACCUUCCGAGAUCGAGACCGAUCGAGACACAAUCCCUGAGUCGCAAAUGCAAACGCAAUUACAGGCGUCGGAAGCGGAGCCUUCACCCAUGCAUGACGACCUCGAGAUGGAGCUGGAAAAACGAUGGAUCCUGAAUUUGAGCAUGCACUUUCGAGACAACUCCGGUCGGGAGAAAUUUUUCGUCACAUAUGCCGAAACACCGACAAAAUGGCGUCGUGUAACGAUCUCGAUGGAUUAUCACAGCGCCCCACCCGACUCUCUCGAGCGGGAAGUGGAAGGGCUACGAUACCAGCGCGACAAGUGCGCUCGGAUUUAUGAGUCUAUUCGAGAAUCACUUGCCGAAAUACAGUUUUAUGACACAGUUACCAACUUGAAAGUGGAGACCCUUGACGGCCGUCUCCAUGUUCAUGUCACAGAGGACGUCAACGAGAUGAUCCCUUAUCCACCGAUUACCAGCAUUCGGCAUCUGAGAGGCGCGCGGCGCGUGCCUGAGCACUUCUUACGCUUCGAGUCUCACCUGUCUGGAUUUGUCUACAAAGUACAAUUGGGGGGUCGUCCUUAUAUCAAGAAAGAGAUUCCGGGCCCCGACACCGUGGAUGAGUUCCUCUAUGAGAUCAAUGCCCUCCACGCUCUCAACGGCGCGCCAAACGUGAUCCGCGUCGAAGGCGUUGUAGUCGAUGAGCACCAGGAAUUUGUGAAGGGCCUGUUGAUUAGUUACGCGGAGCAGGGCGCUCUUGUUGAUCUACUUUACGAGCAGCGUGGACAAAUCUCGUUUGCGCGACGGGAGAGGUGGGCGAAACAGAUCAUUCAGGGGCUGUGUGAGAUCCACGAGACGGGAUACGUCCAAGGCGACUUUACCUUGUCGAACAUCGUCAUCGAUGAGAAUGAUGAUGCACAGAUCAUUGACAUUAACCGCAGAGGCUGUCCCGUCGGGUGGGAGCCACCAGAAAUCGCUGCCAAAAUCGAAAGCAACCAGCGAAUAUCGAUGUACAUUGGUGUCAAGACCGAUCUGUAUCAACUGGGGAUGACAUUGUGGGCACUUGCUACUGGAGAGGACGAACCGGAACGACAACCACGCCCCCUCGUUCUUGGCCAUGAAGUGGAUGUCCCAGACUAUUACCGCCGGCUGGUCGAUAUAUGCCUCAGUCCCAUGCCCCGACACCGACUAGGAGCUAAAGAACUGCUUCACUUCUUCCCGCCCGAUCUCCUACUGCGCCCGAUCUACCGUCCUCACCGAGCCUCGUACAUUUCGAGCGAUGUUGCGUCGCCUUACACCCCUGUGGUGACUGAGUCUCUUUACUCUCCUCUACCUGGUGAAACCCAUGCGCACAAUACAAGAAACAACCGUCCCUCCGGGGAUUCCAAUCUACAUAGGAUAAAUCGCUUACAGUGCAAGCUUUCCAAUGGAUACGAAGAAGGGAAAAGUUCUACGCUCACGCUCGCCGAGUCAGCAGAGGACACUGACUUUGCGCCCCGACACUCGUCAGCAUCCACCUUGAAUCAUGACAAUCUUCCAGACGUCUCGCAGUGCCCCGAGAGCCCAGAUACUGUACCAGAUCUUCCGAGUCCUCUGAAAACAUCGGCCGAGGAAAUUCAAAACACCACGCCGGCUUCUUGGUCCAACAAUCUGUCAUGCGAUGGGAAGCGCAAUGGCGGUUCAGAAAUUACCUCGUCAUCAAAGCCCCCGAGCAGUCAGGAUGAUGUCGCAGAAUCUCGAGAACAAUCCAUGACUAUUACCACUAACUCUGUCGAUCAUGCCUCUCAAAGAGCUUCGACCCCAUCGCACUCCGAAGAGCAUUCUUCGCAACCAACUCGAAAAAAAGUCAGUUUCACUCAUCAGAACUGUACAUAUGACGAACGGGUUGCCUCGCUUUUUUACUCGGCCCUGCCGAUCAAUCCUGCAUUGAAUGUUACAAAACGCAGAUCUCUCCCGUCGAUACCGAAAAAGUCACUGGUUGACCUGGACGGGUGUUCUCCCGAACCCGCCGUCUUUUCCUUAUUUGAGUCUCGCCUACCCAUCAACCCUGCUGCUAGGCUUGCUCAACGCAAAUCUCUUCCAACUAUGUCAUGCAAUGACUUAUCUCCAGGACAUCAAUCGGCCAAGUCCGAGCCCGUCGCGGCCCUUCAACGCUUGAGUUCUUUCCUCCUGGAAUCUCAACUACCAAUCAAUCCCGCCUUUCGCGAGAGGCAUUUCACCUGA